AUCAUUCUUCACUGAUCAAACUGAUAUUGGUUAACAUCAUCAACAACAAAAAACUGCUGAAAUUAUGGCAACAAAAAUAGUUGAAUACGAUAGAAUUGAUGAAAAUGAAAUCUAUCCACCAUUACCUCGUUUGAAAUGUUCAUCAUUUAAACAACAAAGAUUAUAUCGCAAAAAUUAUUGUUGUGGAAUUAUUUUGCUAAUUCUAUGUGCCACAAACAUCGAAGCUAAUUUCGAUGAAAUAGACAUAAUCCUCACUGAAAAUCUACCAUGUUUAGGUGAUUGGAGAUAUCCAUCAAAUUGUUCGGGUUUUAAUUGUGAUUAUAAAGCCACUUGGCAAUAUAUGGAUGAUAGUGAUGAAAUUAUCUUUACUAUCAGUACUAAGAAUCGCAAUAAAUGGACUGGUAUUGGAUUUUCUGACAAUCCAUACAUGUCAAACAGUGAUGCUGUACUUGGUCUCGUCGAAGAAAGUGGAAGAUUUUUCCUAAUGGAUAGCUUUUUACUUGCUUAUGAAGCACCACCAUUAGAUUAUCAACAAAAUCUUUAUAACAUGAGUGCAUGGCGUGAAAAUGGUUUAACAACAUUACGAUUUUCGCGUCCAAGACAAACAGGAGAUGCUAGAGAUUAUCAAUUUAGCGAUACCGAUUGUCCUUAUUUCAUGUUUCCUGUUAUGGGUGGAGUGUUCAAUGCUGUAAAUAAACGAAUAAGAAAACAUGAAAGUACGCCUGUUAUUUCGGAAGAAAGAAUUUGUGUUCAUAGUUGCCGAAAAUCGUCGCCAACAAUUUCGACAAUGACAACAACAACAAUGAGGACCACUUCAACAACAUCUUUUUCACCAUCAUCAACUUCUAAUCAACAGGAUAAGAAUAAUAAAGAUUUAUCGAUUCAUCUUGCUCAACCCGGGAAUGAUUUGAAUACCGUUGAAGACAAAAUGAUCAAAAUUUAUCAAGCUGAAUUAAAAUUCUUGAAUUUAAUCGACAAUAAUAAACCACCGACAAAUGAUGUGCUUAAAAUGGUCGAAAAAGAACUACAUCGUGAAUUGAAAUCAUAUUUCGAUCGAAUCGAAAAAAUUGAGAUUAAUGAAUUGAAAAUGGAUCCAAAAAACAACGUUGCAAUUAUUGAUUUAUCGAUUUCAAAAAACGAUAAAAAUGAAAAAGAAGAUAUUCGAGCUUUGACAUCAGCGCUCAAUUCUGUUAUAAAAGAUGGUCAAAUUGGACGAUGGAAUAUCGAUAUUAAUCAUUUAGUGGUUACACCAAAAGAAGACAAUACAAAUAGAUGGAUGAAUAUAUUAUUGGCCAGUUUUAAUCGCUUUAGUGAAGAAGAACAAAGAUGGAUAAUCAUUGGAGCUGGAUUAUCAGCACUGUUAUUGUUGGCUUUGAUACAAUUAUUGUGUAUGUUUUGUAGUUGUGGUUGUGGAUGUGGAUGUCGCAAAAACGAUUCGGAACAAGAAGAUUAUUUAGAAGAAAAGGAUGAUAAACAAUGGGCUCAUGAUCAUUAUCAAUCUUCAAUGUUCAAUGGUCUUUAUAAUGUAGAUGAUCCUUAUGGGUAUCAAGCUAAAUCCAAUAGUCUACAUAAAAAUUAUCGUGGCCACAGUGUUGGCGAUCAAGAUCCACGUUCGGUGCAACCAUAUACGAAUGGUCAUCAUUCAUCAUAUAACCAUCAAAGUUUGGACCGAAGACAUUAUCAAGAACAACAACAUACGCGAAGGCAACAGGUCCCAAUGGGCUAUGAGAUGAAUGAACGACAACAUCAUCAUCAUCAUCAUCAUAACCAUGCUGGUCGACAAGGACAAAAUGGCCAACAUUCACAUCUGCAGCCAGAUUUUUAUUUCAUGCCACAUCAACGAAAAUAUUCGUCGGAUGUUGUUCGUGUUUUUGUUGAUUACGAUGGAAACUAACUUAUCGAUCGAUCAAUCUAAUCACGAUAAUCAUGAAUUAUUAUUUUUUUUUUCACCAGUCAAAUCAUCAUUUUUGCU